ACUGGAACGCAGGGCGAAGAGGAGGAGGGGGCAAGGAAGAAGAGGAGGAGGACGGGGCUGUGGUCAAAGCCACCGCGACCUAAACAGCUCCAGGAGUGAGAGGAGGGAGGAGAGCCGCAGCCCGCAGGAGCAAAGCAACAGCAGCGUCUCAGCCCCGCUCUCUCUCUCUCAGCCUGCAUGGGUUUCUCCGUUAGCUAGCUUAGCAUCGUCCGCACCCGGGCUUCUCGUCUCCGUGUUUAACUUCACGUCCCCCCUCUCCAACACCCACCCGGAGCUGCCGAGCUCCCCCUGCCCGGCUCCAGGAUGAUGAAGUUUAGGUUUCGUCGGCAGGGCACAGACCCGCAGAGAGAGAAGAUAAAACAGGAGCUUUUCGCCUUCAACAAGACUGUGGAACAUGGGUUCCCUCAUCAGCCCAGCUCUCUGGCCUUUGACCCCAAACUGCAAAUUAUGGCCAUUGGCACAAAGUCGGGAGCCAUUAAAGUUUAUGGCGCCCCUGGUGUUGAAAUCACAGGACUACACAAGGACACUACAGCAGUCACGCAGAUCCACUUUCUGCCUGGACAGGGUCGUCUGCUGUCCCUGCUGGACGACAACACCAUUCACCUGUGGGAGUUGGUGGCUGGGAUGCCCCGAGAAGUGGGUGGGGUUAGGAAAGAGGGUGUGGUCGCCCUCCAAGAAGUUGGAAAUUACAGCCUCCCUGGAAGACCUGGUAUUGAGAGCUGCAGUGCUACCAGGGUCACCGUUCUCCUCCUGCUGAGGUCGUGUGAUGUGGUCAGCAUCGGAACAGAGGGUGGAGGCGUGUACUUCCUCCAGUUGCCCCGUCUUUCGUUGAAAGAGGACCAAACGCUCUUUCAGGAUCAGAUCACACAGAGUCUGCCAGAUGACUACAGGUGUGGGAAAUCUUUAGGGCCUGUGGAAUCCCUUCAGGAACAUCCUCAGGAGUCAGGGAAGAUUCUGAUUGGCUACAGUCGAGGCCUCGUCGUGCUGUGGAACCUGCACACUCGCCACACUGAACAGAUAUUCCUGGGAAAACAGCAGUUGGAGAGCCUGGUGUGGGAACGCUCUGGAAACUUAUUUGUCAGUUCGCACAACGACGGGGGCUACUCUGUGUGGCCCGUAACCACGGGCAACACCUACAGUCAGCAGCCAGCCUCCACCACCAUCCCAUAUGGUCCAUUUCCCUGCAAGGCUAUCAGCAAGAUUCUGUGGAGAACAACACACACAGGUUCUCCACUGAUGUUAUACAGUGGAGGAAUGCCCAGAGCCAGCUACGGUGACCGCCACUGCCUGACCAUCCAGCAGGACAAAGACCACGUCACUCUCGACUUCACGUCUCGGGUCAUCGAUUUCUUCACUGUCCACAGCACAGAGCAGGAGAAAGUGUUUGAUGACCCCACAGCGUUGGUUGUGCUAUUAGAAGAGGAGCUGGUUGUCAUUGACCUCCAAACCCCAGGGUGGCCGUCGCUCCCUUCACCUUACUUGGCUCCUCUUCACUCUUCAGCCAUCACGUGCUCCUGCCACAUCUCCCACGUCCCUCCUAAACUGUGGGAGAGGUUAAUCAAUGCUGGUAAAGUCCAGCAGGGCUGCCAAAGGGGAAACAAGAUUUGGCCCAUAUGUGGAGGGAAGAACCUGGCUCCUCCACCCAAACACCAAGAGCUUCUGCUGACAGGACAUGAAGACGGCACCGUUCGCUUCUGGGACGCAUCUGGUGUCGCUCUCACUCCGUUGUACAAACUUAGCACAGCCAACGUCUUCCACACCGACUGUGACCCCAGCGAUGACCCUCACGACCCCGACCUGCAGCAGGAAGACGAAUGGCCUCCGUUCAGAAAGGUGGGCUGUUUUGACCCGUACAGUGAUGACCCCAGACUGGGCAUCCAGAAGAUCAGUCUGUGUAAAUACAGCAACAAGCUGGUGGUGGCUGGAACGUCUGGACAGGUGAUUGUUUUGGGUUUGAAUGAUGAGCAGUCGGACCACCUGGUGGACGUGUCGGUGGUCGAUCUCCUGCAGGACAGGGAGGGCUUCACCUGGAAGGGUCACGACCGACUGGAGCCACGUCUAAAGCCCGCUCCCUUCCCUCCAGGCUUCCAGCCUCUGGUACUUGUGCAGUGCCUACCCCCGGCCUCUGUCACGGCGGUAGCGCUGCAUGCAGAAUGGAACCUCAUCUCCUUUGGGACGAGCCACGGCUUCGGUUUGUUCGAUUACCACAGACGAAACGCUGUGUUAGCCAGAUGUACACUACAUCCUAACGACUCACUAGCAAUGGAGGGUCCCCUGUCCAGAGUCAAGUCCUUAAAAAAAUCUUUACGGCAGAGCUUCAGGCGAAUCCGCAAGAGCAGGGUGUCGGGGAAGAAACGCACAAUCACCACACCUACCAGCAAGGUCCAAAUGGCCAAUGCAGCCCUAGCAGAACAGGAGGAAGUGGCUCCUGUACAGAGGAGGAUCGAACCUCGAUCAGCAGACGACUCACUGACUGGAGUGGUUAGAUGUCUGUGCUUUGCCGACACCUUUCUACGUGAUGGCACACACCACGGCCCCACGUUAUGGGCAGGCACCAACUCAGGCAGCGUGUACGCCUACGCUCUGGAGGUGCCCGGUGUGGGCUUAGGUCGUGUCUGUGACCGGGUUGGUGCCAGUGAGACCAGCUUGUGUGUGGAGGCAGUGUUGGGUAAAGAGAUUCAGCUGAUGCACAGAGCGCCGGUGGUGUCCAUCUCAGUGCUGGACGGUCGAGGGAAACCGUUACCCGAGCCGUACGAAGCCUCCCAGGACCUCGCCAUCGCACCGGACAUGACCAACGCUCACUCUGUCCUCAUCGCAUCAGAGGAACAGCUCAAGGUGUUCUCUCUUCCUAAGGUCAGCGCCAAAACAAAGUUCAAGUUGACGGCGCAUGAAGGCUGUCGGGUGAGGAAGGUGGCGCUGGUGAUCUUCAGCUCCACGGCUCAGGAAGACUACAGUGAACACACACUGGUGUGUCUGACCAACAUGGGCGACAUGCACCUCUAUAACAUACCAGGCCUCCGACCACAGGUUCGAUACGACUGCAUUCGCAAAGAGGACAUCAGUGGAAUUGCGUCCUGUGUUUUCACCAGGAAUGGAGAGGGCUUUUAUUUGAUCUCUCCCUCCGAGUACGAGAGGUUCUCACUGUCUGCUAAAGUCAUCACUGAGCCACUUUUCUCUAUCCAGCUGGACCGACCGCUUGAUCUCACACCUGCCAGUGAUCCUAUGAUGCAGUUGCAGGCCAAUGGAACCCACAAGAACCAGAUGAGUCAGGCUGAGGGCCAAACAGAAGAGCUGCCCAGUUCUCUGUCCUCUCCACUCCUGGACACACCACUUGACUCACCCCUCAGCUGUGCUGACCUCACCCUCGACACCACCGGAGAACUCACGGUGGAGGACGUCAGGGAUUUUCUAACCACUGUGGAUGAAGCAGAGAACAACCUGAAGAACAUUAAAGAGGAGGAGGGACGAUCACCUGGCAUCCUCAUCAACUGAACCGGUGACGUUAGCUAUUUGUGGUUUGUUCUUUGAGCAACUUUUAUGCUAACUCAAGCUACGCUAAAUCCAUUGUUGUUUCCUGGCUGAACAUUUUAUUAUCAUGUUUAGGUAAAAGUUCUAAUCUAAUUAUUAUUGUUAUUAUCUACUUAUCUAAUUAAAGAUCCGGCUGAUCAUAGUCCUAUGUAUUGUGUGUGAAAGGAGGGCACACAUUCAACGUAUACGCGCACACACACACACACGCACACCUGUUUCUAAUGGAGCUGGUCCAGUGCAAACUUCAAAGACUCGCUACAUUCCAUCAACAAAGCUCUGCUCUCUGUUCUUUAACCAGUCUGUCUGUUAAAAACAAAACAAAAAACCCCCCAAACACCUACGUUAGAUCUUUUCCACUGUGGAAAACCAUCAGUGAUAAAAAAUAAUAAUGUAUUUUUUUCUUUACAGUUUGUAGAUUUAUUUAUAUUCUUUUUUUAGAAAACAACCACAAACCACAGUUAAAAUAUAAAAACAUAAAUCUUGACAUUUCUUGACUUUAUUUUUGCAUUAGUUUUCUAUUUCUAUACUGUAUUGAUAAGUGAUUAAUUUGACUUCUUCAGACCUUUGCCUCCCCCUAGUGACAACAUCUGAAACUGCAGAAUACAACGUUAUGUGAAAAUGUCAUAGCUUUUAUCAAAUUAAAUGAAUUACUCGUUUUUUAAUUCAAUUGUUUUGUUACACAUAUGCCUCAUUAGGAUCCAUUAGAGGUUCUAAAAAGAUCAUUGACUCUUAAGGUCAUUUGGCAGGAAGUUCAAGUCUGAAGAAGCAGCGUUUUUUUUUAAACACACAUCA